GUCACGUCCGGCAGACUUAGAGCCCGUGCGGAGGCGGUGCGGAGCGCUUCGGUACUCAGCGGCUCGGGAACUUGUGCGUUCUACGAGGCUGCGGCGGAGCCUCUAUAUAGAAGGCGCAAGAGGUUGGCAGCUUCGAUUGAAGCACGUCGAGCGGCGAUAGCAGCUAGGAGUCAUGAGCGACAGCGGCGAGCAGAAUUACGGCGAGCGGGAAUCCCGUUCUGCUUCCAGAAGUGGAAGUGCUCAUGGAUCUGGGAAAUCUGCAAGGCAUACCCCUGCAAGGUCUCGCUCCAAGGAAGAUUCCAGGCGUUCCAGAUCAAAGUCCAGGUCCAGAUCUGAAUCUAGGUCUAGAUCCAGAAGAAGCUCACGAAGGCAUUACACAAGAUCAAGAUCUCGGUCCCGCUCCCAUAGACGAUCCCGUAGCAGGUCUUAUAGUCGAGAUUAUCGAAGACGGCAUAGCCACAGUCACUCUCCCAUGUCUACUCGCAGGCGUCAUGUUGGGAAUCGGGCAAAUCCUGAUCCCAACUGUUGUCUUGGAGUGUUUGGAUUGAGCUUGUACACUACAGAAAGAGAUCUAAGAGAAGUGUUCUCGAAAUAUGGCCCCAUUGCAGAUGUGUCUAUUGUAUAUGACCAGCAGUCUAGACGGUCAAGAGGAUUUGCCUUUGUGUAUUUUGAAAAUGUAGAUGAUGCCAAGGAAGCAAAGGAGCGUGCCAAUGGAAUGGAGCUUGAUGGACGUAGGAUCAGAGUUGAUUUCUCUAUAACAAAAAGACCACAUACCCCAACACCAGGAAUUUACAUGGGAAGACCUACCUAUGGAAGUUCACGCCGUCGGGAUUACUAUGACCGAGGAUACGAUCGAGGCUAUGAUGACCGAGACUACUAUAGCAGAUCAUACAGAGGAGGAGGUGGAGGAGGAGGAGGAUGGAGAGCUGCUCAAGACAGGGAUCAGAUUUACAGAAGGCGGUCACCUUCUCCUUACUAUAGUCGUGGAGGAUACAGAUCACGUUCUAGGUCUCGAUCAUACUCACCUCGUCGCUAUUAAAGCAUGAAGUUGAAGACUUUCUGAAAUUUACCCUAGAGUUGGGAUAUUGUUUGUGGACAAUAUUUUUAUUGUCUCCUGUUUAAAAAGUGAACAGUGCCUAGUGAAGUUAGGUGACUUUUACACCUUUUAUGAUGACUACUUUUGGUGGAGUUGAAAUGCUGUUUUCAUUCUGCAUUUGUGUAGUUCGGUGCUUUGUUCAAAGUUAAGUGUUUUCAGAAAAGUAUGUUUUGCAUGUAUUUUUUUACAGUCUAAAUUUUGACUGCUGAGAAGUUUCUAUUGUACAAAACUUCAUUUAAAAGGUUUUUCUACUGAAUCCAGGGUAUUCUGAAGAUCGAAGCCUGUGUGUAAAAUGCUACCAUAUGGUAAAAAGCAACAAUAAAGUUUGGUUUUUACUUUUCUUUCUAACAUUAA